UAACUGCUAGUAAUACCAGUAAAACCAUCGCUACUACUAAUUCAGCUUUAUUACUGGGUAAUGAAGAUGAUGAUAAUGAUGAUGAUUUAUCUUCAUUAUUCAUACGUGCUUUACAUUCGUUUGAUUCAUCCACUUUACAAUCCGAAUCAGAUGCUUCUAUAUGUUUAUCAUUUGAUAAAGAUGAUUUAGCAUUUGUUCAUACUAUAGAUGAUUCAGGAUGGGGUGAAGUUACUUUAGUCAAUUCUUUACAAAGAGGAUGGAUCCCGAUGAAUUAUUUUGAAAUUGCAGUAGAUGAAAAAGCUGAUCUGACAAUUAAUGAUAUUGAUGAUGAUGGAAAAAUUCCAAAUAAUAAAUAUUUAAAACCUCUUUUCCAUUCAUGUGCCAAAUUCUUAAUGAAUCCUUUAAGUCAUAAAAAUCGUCGGGGGAAAUAUACUUUUUCAAUUAGAACCAUUAAUUCUAUUCGUGAUGGAGUAAGAUUAUUAUUACAACAAACAGAUUGUUUAUCAAGAUCAAAUGAAAUCGUUACUAAACGUCCUGUGGUUAGAAAAACCAGAAAAUCAUUAUUGGCCGAUUGGUAUAAUUUAAUGGUUAAAGCGAAUGAAUUUAAAGGAACGUCUAAUUUUAAUAAAAUUGAAAUUUUAACUUUAAUGAUAUUUCAAGUUACGAAGAAAGCAGUAUCAUUUUUGAAAAUUUGGUCAAUUGAAAGUAAAGAAAUCCUUCAACAAAAACAAGAUUCUCAAAAACCAGGUCAAAUUAAAGAAUCAAAGAGUCUGAAUGAAGAUUUAAAUAAUUAUCCUUUAUUAGCCAGUCCACCAUUAGCCAAACAAAGAAUCACCGAAAUCAACGGAAUCUUAUAUUCUUAUUUAGGUUUAAUUAUUGGAAGAUUGGAUUUAAUCGAACAUAAUCCUAUUGGAUGUGAUCUUUUAGAAACCAUUGCUCAUCAAAUCAUCUUAUUAUUACGAGAAUUAUUAUUUAUUUCCAAAACUGGAUCUGAUUUCUCGAGUGAAAAACCAGCUGAUUUGGAUAAUUCCUUAGAUUCAUUAUUAUCCUUGGUUAGUGAUUUAGUAUCUCUGGUAAAGAAUUUAGUGGUAAAGACUUUAAAUGAAUCUGAAUCAGAAAAGAAAAGUAAUGUCUUACCAAGUAUGGGGAAUAAUGCUGAUAAAUAUUAUUAUACUCAAGAAGGGGGUAAUUUAAUUCAAAUUGCCUCUAAAAUGAUUAAAUCAAUUGGAUUAACCAUUAGUUCGAUUAGAAAAUUAUUAGAUAUUACCGGAGAUUUUAAAUUAAAUUCAGCUAGAUCAUAUCCUGAUUAUACCAAGAUGAAAAUUGAUCCUGAAGAUUUCAUUAAAAAAUGUUCAAUUGGUAUUGCCAAACAUAACAAACGUCCUGAUGAUGAUGAUGAAGCUGCAUUUAGACGUCCUCAAACAUCAGCUGCCGUUAAGAAUUCGAAUCGUUAUUCGAUGAUUAGAUCAGGUAAAACAGGUGAAUUAAGUUUAACUUCCAAUGGAGCCAAUUUAAUUCAUGAUGUAUUAUUAGCUGGUAGUAAUGAUGCCAAUUCUCCAUUUUCAGUAUCGAUUCCUGCAUUUGAACCAUAUACUACUGCUACUGCCGCUAAUAAAAGUGAAAGUAAUUCUAAUUUAUCGGAUAUUAAUAAUGAAUUAUUAGUUGAUAGUAAUGGAAAUUUACUUGGAGCUUCAUUCCAUGGAUUGGUUUAUACUUUAACCAAUGAAGAUUCACCACCGGAAUAUUUCUUUGUAUCGACAUUUUUCAUUUGUUUUAGAACUUUUGCUAAUGGGAUUGAUUUUAUUGAAGAAAUGAUUUCUAGAUUUGAUAUUACUCAUAAUAUUAGUAGUAAUUUACAAGGUCAAACUCGAGCUGAUAUUACUGCUGAAGUUCAAUUAAAGAAAAGAAGAAGAUUGAUUGUUAAGAUGUUUCAAAUUUGGAUGGAAUCUUAUUGGAAUCAUGAAGCCGAUUAUAGUUUAUUAACUACUUUGAUUAAUUUCUUUAAUGAAGGUAUUAGUCAUUUCUUACCUAUUGAAGCCACUAAAUUAAUUGAAAUUGCCGCUAAAUUAUCAACCAAACCAUUAAUUGAAAAUCAAAUUCAAUUAAGAAAUCUUCCAAGAGCAAAUGGUUAUAAUCCUCAAUUAAUUUCUCGUAGUAUUACCAUUACCAGAUUUAAAAGAAAGAAUUCAUUCUCCAGUAAUACUGAUAAUUCAUUAAGUAAUAGAUAUUCUAUGGUUGAUGGAUAUGAAUUAUCCAAAAUUAAUACUAAUUCAUCUACUACAAGUUCAUUAAAAUCAAUUUCAUUACCUAUGCCAUUAGGUAUUGGAAAUCAAACCUCAUCUUCCAAUUCAUUAUUAACUAAAAAUCAAUUCCAAACUAUUGAAAAAGUUAAUAUGACUUAUAGACAAAUUUUAAGUACUAGUUGGUGUCCACAAAAAUAUAUUGAAACUUCUCAUUAUAUUAAUUUAGAUAUUUCUAAUUUAUUGGGUAAUUGGUUUCAAGUAUGUGAUCAAACUUGGGUUUUAUCAAAUUAUAGACCUAAUUUAUUAGAUUUCAAUGGAUUAGAAUUGGCAAAACAAUUAACUAGCAUUGAAUCUAAUAUCUUUUGUUCAAUUAAACCAGAAGAAUUAUUGAAUGAAAAUUUCACCGCUAAAAGAGCUUAUUUAAGAUUAGCUCCAAAUGUGAGACAAUCAUUAUUAUUCACCAAUUGUUUAUCAGGAUAUGUAUUAGAAUCAAUUUUACAACCCAAGAUUAAUCAAAAAUUAAGAAUUAAUAUGAUUAAAACUUGGUUAAAAGUGGCAAUUUCUUGUCUUUAUUUAAGAAAUUUCAAUUCUUUAGCGGCUAUUAUUACUGCUUUACAAUCACAUUUAAUUACUCGAUUAAAUAAAAUUUGGGGUGAUUUAUCUGAUAAAUAUAUUGAAUUAUAUGAAUAUUUAUCAUCUAUCAUUCAUCCUGAAAAGAAUUAUCAUGUUUAUCGUUCCAAAUUGAAAAACUUUUUAAUUUCAAAUGAUUAUAAUAUUCCUAUUGUUCCAUAUUUUUCAUUAUUUUUACAAGAUUUAACAUUUGUAACAGAUGGUAAUCCAAAUUAUAGAAAAGCCAAUACAUUUUUAAAUCAAAAAUUAAUUAAUAUUGAUAAAUAUUUAAAAAUCACUCGAAUCAUUGCUGAUAUUGAAAGUUUACAAAUCCCAUAUACAAAUUCAUCAACUACCACCACUAGUUCAAAAGAAUUAAGGAGAUCAAGUAUUUCAUUCAAUGCAAAAAUACCUAACUCAUCCACGUCAACUAAUUUAGAAAUGGAAGAUUAUACCAUUGUUUCAGUUCCAAGUUUACAAGAAUUAAUCUUAUUAGAAUUAUGGAAAGUUUGUCAAUUAAAUAAAGCUGAAGAAGAUAGAGCUUGGAAAUUAAGUUGUACCAUCCAACCUCGUGAUGUCUCUUCCUCAUCAUCAUAAUCAUAGACCUUAUCAUUAUUAUUUAUACGUUAUAUAUUUCCUCUUUUUGUAUCGUUAAAUGUAUUAUUAUUAGAUAUCAUAAAUCAAAUAUGGGA